AUGGCCAUGCUGCACUGCGAAAAUAUUCUUAUUAAUGGCUACAAAUUCAACCUGGAGAAGCUCAAGGGGCCGCAUUCUGUCGUCACCUCCAAGUACGACUCGAUGACGCACACGCAUCAUAAUACAACCUAUACGUUGGAUGUGUGCCAGCCGCUGAAGAAGAGUGGCAAGAGUAAAUCCACGGAGGAGUGCCCUAAUGGCACAAGAGUGUGUGCUAUUUCGCGAUUUAUUCAAGACGAUGUUGACAAGGUCGAAACGGUUACUGCCAUCGCCGGCAGUCUGGAGAAUGUGGGCGGGUCCCAGUUUGAGUACGAAGCGACGAGGUUGAAUGGCAGCGAUUCAAACAGCGAUUCCAAGAAGCAGGGCUUGCGGCUGGUGCUCAAGGGCGGCAAGCACCCCCUCAAUGGGCCUGUCAAGGAUCGCCGCGAGCAGAAGGCUGUUAUCGAGUUUCUUUGCGACCCGGACAAGGAGGGCACAGAGGGCGAGUGGGAGUCGGAGGACAAGUACUCCAAGCUUCGCCGACGUGAGGACAAGAAAGAGGACGAUAAGGAGGGCGACGGUGACAAAGACGACUCUUUUGCGGAGCACCAGCUGAAAACCGACAAGGCUGCGCUGCUCUGGGAGAGCUACGGACCAGAAAAGGACGCCGAUGUCCUGCGACUUACUUGGCAUACCAAGUAUGCAUGCGAGAAGCGAGACGGAGACAAUGACAAUAAAAAUGGUGACGGUGGGGACAGCAGUGCUUCUUGGGGCUUCUUCACCUGGCUUGUCAUAGUUGCCUUCUUGGGCAUCGCUGCAUAUCUCAUCUUCGGCUCCUGGCUCAACUACAACCGCUACGGUGCUCGGGGAUGGGAUCUACUCCCGCAUGGUGACACCAUCCGCGACAUCCCGUAUCUGCUGAAGGAUUGGACGAGACGCGUGCUGAACACUGUCCAAGGCACAGGAAGCCGCGGAGGGUACAGCGCCGUCUAG